GAUGUCUUUCAUACUCAGCGUCAUCAUCAUCUUCAUUUCUCUCGCCUUCAUUAGGCCUUUUGGGGGUAGGUGCUGGCUAGGGAUUGUAUGGUAAGGCAUCUAUUAGAAUUUUGCAACUAUUCUUAAUUGUAAGUUAAGAGGUAAGCAGAGGAAUGUUUGUGAAUGGAGGCAAAAUUUCAGUGCCUCAACACAGGAGAAAUGCUGAAUUCUAAAAUCAAACCUUGUAGGUGAGAAGUUCUCCGAUAUCCAUUGUAAUGAACCGUGAAAUGAGAUACUUCACUAAUAAUCAGUCCGUAAACUUCGUAAAAAUCGACCAACUUGGAUACCGGAUUAUCAAAAUUCUAACCACAAUAGUGAACGACAACAACUAAAAACAACAAGAAAUGAAACAACAACAGCAACAAAUCCCGGCACAAUGACCAACAUAAAAAGAAAACUUGAUAAGUGUGAAGAUCGUGCUAGAAAAUUUUUACUUUUGUGGGGAAAAUCAUUAUUUUAAAAAGAUUUUAAAUUAUGACUUUCUUUUGCUUCUGAGAAAUAUUAGGCAUGGUUACCGUGGUUCAUAGUCCAUGUUGUAGUGUUGGCUACAUCUAAAUCUGGAAGAUUGUUUCCGUGAAGAAGGCGUUUUUUCCAGAUCCUAGCAGAAAGCAUUGGUGUAAAGACAUAAAGCUACUGUCAAAGUUAACAACCAAAAAAGUGAAACAAAAUGAGAUAUCGAGUGUUUUUGCAGUACUUUGUUUUAAAAGUGAAGUCUCAACCUAUGUGAGACUCAUCAUCUCCAGGUCUUGUCAACGUCUAACUCUUCUGUGCACAAUUCACAUGUGGGCAAUACAUGAUUACCACUCUACCCAGAAGAAGAAAAUUGCAUCUGGAAUUAAAAUUUGAUGGUGGGCGCGGGCGGCGCGGGCAGCGCGGGUGGAAGGGGUAGCGGCCCCACGCGGGCAGGCCGUGCGGGCUGUGCGGGCGCCCCAACCCCCUGUGGCGCCAUGGCGGCCGAAUCGGCGCUGCAUGGAACCAGGAGGAACAGGAGGUCGUUUCGAGAUUGCCAAGAUCCAACGCGCGGCCGGUUGUUCGUCGCGGAGCUCGGUCGCAGGAACGAGCCGCGCGCCACCAGGACUUCCAGGACCUCCAGGACCUCCAGGACGAUGAGGCGCGCCAAAGUGCUGAAGAUGCUGGCCAUGGAGCAGCCCGGCGCGUCGCAGGGCGCCCCGUGCGCGCAGGGCGGCAGGACCGCCCCCGGCGCGGCCGACCCCGUGGAGGACUUCCUGACGACGGGCCGCACGGGCCGACGCAACGCCAUGGCCAACAUCAUGGGCCAGCACGCCAACACCGGCAGCGGGGACAUCGCGCAGCGCAUGGACGGCCUGGCCAUCGACCAGAUGGAAGCCGGGCCCUCCGGCGCGGGGCCUUCGGGGUGCAGCGAGACGCAGCAGGCGACGCCCGGCGCGGCGCCGGAGCAGGGCAGAUGAACGCCGCGACGCCGGCCUAGCUGCGCUCGCUGCGCUGGCUGCCCGCCCCGGGGCAGCGGGUGGCUGCACCAAGCACGCUUCUGAUUGGCUGCAGCCCGAACCUGCCGGACGGACGGACUGCUGGAGCGGUUGCUGGAACCCGAAAGCCUCCCUCUCCUGGAACGCCCCGAUGCCCGCUGCAACUCUGCUGGGCUGAGUCGCCGUGCGUGGGAGUUGACGCGGUGGGGCUGGCGGGGCACGCCCUCCUGUUGACCCCACUUGACCCAUCGGACUGAAAAUGACGCAGCCCUGCCGGGCCGCCGGGCCGCACAAGCAUCCCCGAGAUAGCAGUGGGGCAGCGCAGCGGCCCGUCUGCCGGAGAUUGAUUCCCUAAUUUGCUGGCAAUUUCCGGGGGCCAUGGCCGCGGCCGUCGUCCGAGGUCGUUUCGGUCGUUUUGCCAGCAACGUGAUUAUUUGGACUGGCGGACCAUCGCCGAGAGGAAACUUAGUUUUAAGUGAAAUAACCAACAAUAUACGGGUCCAUCUGCAUCUCGUCGCCACGCCAGUGUUACUCUGCGGUCGUCGUUUUGGACACUCUUUGCCAAUAUUUGAAAGAAAACUGAGGCCGAAAACGGGCGGGAGGUCGUGUUCCUUGUGCGAGCGUGGUCUCGUGUAGGUUGACGACCAAGCCUGUCUUGGUGAGAAGAAAUCUGGGUGCAGGAAGACCCCAGGAAACGCUUACAGUGUACGUAGUGGCCAUGGCUGUUCCACAGAAACUGGGGCGAGCAAGAGCAGGGCAAGCAGGGCCAUCGUGGAAGUUCGCGCUCCACGCGGCUGGAGAGAAAGCGUUAUCUUGGACAACCUAUUCCUCGCACUGCACUUAUGACUUUUGUCAACUCGUUGAGUAGUUUGAGGGGUUUGGCUUGCGAGCGUGGUGGCAGGGCUGCUUACGCUCGCGUUCGCCGCGCAAGCAAUGCAAGUCGAACCCACACGUUUGUUGAACGUUGUCCUUUGUAACUGAUCCCUGAACAUUUUGUACCUCGUUGUAUUCUAUUUCCCGGUGAUAUAAUGUAAUCUCGCGGUGGCCACGCGGUGGCCGUGUAGUCGUAGUACAUGGAUGGACUGUGAUUGUUAUUUACUAAUUGUUAUUUUUAUUGUGUACCUUCUUCUUUUUUGUCGUGUUUGAAUGCUUAUGUGACGCUUCUUGCGCUAAUCUAUUGCGUGGACAGCACUUACUCAGGAUCUCACUGAGGGUUUUAGUCAAUGGUACGACAACAGUCUGACUUUUGAAUUUUUGUUUUUGUUCCCCUUUUUUAAAUGACUAUGUACCUCGGUACUACGUACUACGUCUCGCUAUCUUGCCAUGUAGGGUGUGUACCGAUUGUUAUGUACUUAGAUAUAGUGUCGUGGGCCAUUUGUAUGUACGCAAAGCAUCCAGGUCGUUGGGUAUAGCAGGCACCAAACCCGGUUUAUUAUAAAACCUUUGUAUUUUUGCUCCUUUAGCAAUCUUUCUAUCCUAUGGAUUUUUAGGAACUGUUUUGAGUGGAAUUUUCGCAAAGUCAUUCUUUGACAAUUUCUCUUAUUUGGACGCCCUCUCUCUUUAUUCAUGCCAAUGAGAAUCAAAAGCACAACGCGUUUCACCUCAAGCGCUUUGUACCGUGGAUCGUCAAUUUUGAACAAAUUAUGUGUAUAUUUUCUUAUUUCACUAGAACCUGACUAUUUUUUAUGUAACAUGCCAUCGCGGCGCUUUUGUCGUGUUUCCCCUCCUGCUGGUAGAAUCCUUUAAUUUUACCAAAAUGAAUGGGAGAGAGAGGGAGAUAUAACCCACAGUACAAAAUGACAAUUAAUCUAGACAAACCUGUGCAUCACAUUAAUUGAUAGACGUGUUUGUAUUGCAAUCCUAGGUUUUACGGGCCAUCUAUUAAAAGUGUACUUUCUUAGUGUUUCAAUUAUUGUGGGUGUAUCAAUGGAGCCCCGAAGCAAUGUUUGUAAGUGAUAGUUUUUCACGAUGAUUGUGGCAAAACGAGGUGUUUUUUUUUUGGAAGUGUAUUCGAACCUGUGACGGACGACCUUAGUAAUAAAGCGAGUUAAAGAAAA